AUGUCAACCAAGACUACCGAAACGACCAUUUCUGCUCCGACCCCUCAGAUUCGAGAGCUUAAGAAUGGCUUCGGUGUUGAGAUUCGAGGGCUUGACCUCACAGAUGGUGCCUCCAAUGAGACUUUCCACCUUCUCCAGGACGUUUUGACGAAGUACGGUGUGGUCGUCGUCCGCCAGACAAAUCUGACCGACUCAACCCACAUCGCUUUGGGCCGCAAAUUCGGCGAACUAGACGAUGUGAAGCCCUACAACAAGGCCGGCCGUAAGAAUCGCCUUGCUUACGACGAACUCUUCGAUGUCGGCAACAUCGAAGCGGACAAUACCCUUGUCUCUCCGACCAGCCCACGCGCCCAGGCAAACAAAGGCAACAGCUACUUCCACGUUGACAGUAGCUUUAAUCCGCGCCGAGCAGGCUACUCCCUGCUACUGGCUCAUAAGCUGCCUCCCCCUGGCACAGGUGGUGCGACAGAAUUCUGCGAUACAAGGGCGGCAUGGGAUGACCUUCCUCGUGAUGUAAAGAGUGAGUUGUUGGCUAAAGAUUAUGUCGCUUGCCAUUCGAUUCUGCACUCGAAGAAGCUGGCUGCGCCCGAGCAUUUUGCGGGUAUCGAACCUGCUAAUCAUCCUAUGGGUCGUCAUAAACUUGUGCAGCGUCAUGAGGCAUCUGGACGUACGAACUUGUAUCUGGCUAUGCAUAUCCACCACAUCGAGGGUUUGGAGCAGGAGAAGAGCCAGGAUUUAUUCGACAUGUUAUUCAAACAUGCUACGAAAGAGGAGUACAGAGUUGUUGUAGAAUGGCACAACGUUGGCGACCUGGUUAUGUGGGACAAUACUUGCACUAUGCACCGAGCAAUAGGAGGCGAGUACGCAUACAAGUAUCGCAGAGACAUGAGAAGAGUGACGGUACACGAUAAUAGUAGCCAAGCAUGGGGCCUGAACGAGAAAACAAGCGAAAGACAAGGUCUUCCUUAG